AUGCCGAGCGGGUCGGGGCCGGAGCUCCCGUCUAUCUGGCCGCCGUCCUGGCCGGCAACGCCGCCCGAGACAACAAGAAGACCCGCAUCAUCCCCGACGUACCUCCAGCUGGCUGUCCGCAACGGACGAGGAGCUCAACAAGCUACUGGGCGGCGUCGAACCAUCGCCCAGGGAGGAGUCCUGCCCAACAUCCAGGCCGUGCUGCUGCCCAAGAUAGACCGAGCAGACCACAAGGCCGCAAGAGCAAGUAAUCCCCGCUCACAGGACGUUCCCUUCUAUCCGCAACACACAACGGCUCUUCUCAGAGCCCCGUCAAACAUAGCUCCAUACAACAAAGGGCAGCCAGUGUAA